UGUACGUACUCUUUAUAUUAUUUUGAUGUUAUCGAGAACACUAAUUUAUCAAUAUGAAGCAUCAACAGAUCACGAUCGAUUUUCUAAGCAUGGUAUUCACUGCCUGUUCGUAUUUGGCUCUUGCUGGAGCUGUUUGGAUAUUCUUACGGCUAGUUCAGGCAUGCUUUUGGCUACCACGACAUUUGAAGCGUCAGAAUCAGGUUCAGCAAAUGUUACAAGAUAAGGUUGACAGUUACGAAAAGUACGUAUUGGACUGUGAAAGGAAGGAGAUGAUGGAACUGGAGAUGCAAGGUAAUGAUGCUAAUAAAGAUCUCGCGCAAACAGAGCAAUGGAAGGAACGGAGAGAAUGCCUGGAAAUGUUGAAGAAAGAAUUAAAUAACGUUCGUAACGGUAUCGACGAUCCGCCAGACUGGGACUACUUUCUAGAAGAAGAGGAAACAGAAAAGGAGGAAUCGAGUAUUGCAGAAAAGAAGGAUCCGAAAAUGACAGAAAAGGAGAAUUCAAGUAAUACAGAAAAAGAGGAGCUGAAUAUUACAGAAAAGGAGAAAUCAAGUAUCACAGAAAUUCAUGAAGAUGACAUCUGUCUUAGCAAGCGCGACCAUGAAAUUAACACGAAUCAGAGUGUGACCAACCAAAUAACCGGUUCAGAGAAUAAAAAGGAUAAAUAAUGCUACUCCGUACAAUCGUUAAUAAUAUUCAUACUUAUAUUAAAUUAAAUAUUAAAUUAAAGACGUUUUAGUAAUAAAAAGUAGAGAAAACGUCGUAGUCAAAUAAUUUAAGAAAUGUGAAAUAUGUAUAUCCUAGUUAAAGUUGUUUGUGUACCUUUCAAUGAAAUUAAUAUAUUAAACAAAAAUUGCAGAAACUGCUAGCUGAGAUAUUACUA